AUGGAGGAACAAGGCGGCGGCGCCAGUGGCAGCGAGGAGGUGGUGCAGCUGGAGGACGCGGUGGAGCAGCUGGUGGAGCACCUCGUGGUGCCGGUGCUGCCGCGCGGCCAGGUCGAAAAGGAGGAGGCCCUGUCGCCUGAGACUCAGGAAGCCGUUACGCGUCAGGUCCAUGCGACGGUUCUCCUGUACAACUACUACCACCGGAAGCAGUUCCCGCAGCUCGAAUUUGCCAGCCCCGAUCGGUUCUGCAUGUCUGCCUCCCUCACCGUCAGCAACAAAAAUCUGCUCAUGUACCUGAACCAGGUCCAGAACCUUGGCAACGGAGUAGGGGCAGGGCUCUCGGUUACUGACAAGGCAAUCAUCGACGCCUGUGACAUUGCCGAGGCGCUCGACCCCACCAAGGACUCCCCCGAGAUGAUCAUGUGGCCCAUCUCCAAGGUCGCUGUUCUGCUUCUCAAUCGGACAAAGAAAGUGUGCUUGCUCGAGCAUGAAUCCGAAACCAAGGGCGUCUGGUCGAUUUUUGAGAAAGAUAUCAAGACGGCGUUAGGUGGUUCGCUCAGCAGUGACAUGUCAGUGCAGGGGUCGAGUAAUAAAUCCAUAGCACUUCCUUCUGAACCGUACGUGCUUCAGCAGGUUGCAUAUUCAGAGGUGGAGCUCAAAACAGGUAUGAAGCGUACAAAUUUGCGUUUUAUCGAAGAACAUCGGGUGUACUCACUGAGUAAGAAAGGGACAGCUACCAUGUUGUUCCUUCUGCAUUAUGAUCAGACUGUCGAUAGCAAGCUUAAGGAAAUGCCUUUAGAUGCCCUGAUCGAAAGGAUGAGUGGUCCUAUAUUUGAAAGUGGUCCGUACCCAACAACGACAUCUGUUGUUGAAUGCUAUCAUUUACUGCCAUAUAAGGAGGCACUAGCCUUUGGGUUCUUCACUGAGUGCACCAAAGGAGCGGACAUUUCAACUCCAAAGAAAAAUAAGCAGGUAGUAAAAGCAAUUGGUGCUAGUGGCACCAACGACUGCAGCACCAGCAAAAACAGAAAAGACAGCAACACAAACUGCAAAAGAAAGUCUGAAGCCUUCAAGACUAAAGUUGCUACCUACGCAGAGCAUGGGGGUGGUCAGAGCCCCACAAAAGACUUACAAGCCAGUGUCCAAAUGGACAAGAACAGAACAGAGAACUCUAAAAGUAGAAAUGUGCCCCAAGAUAUCAUUCUGACACCAGAUGUAAUUAACGACCAUGCCUUGAAAAGCCAAAAGGAGAAAGUCACUGAAAAUUCUGGUGGCAUUACAGGUAACAUGGAUGUUCAGAAGUAUGCGACACUGCAAUUGCUUUGGAAGAUGCGAGAUGAUACACUCCGUGAGCAUUUUGUGCUCGGAGAUCGAAGUGCUGAGUACGAAAUGGACAUUCAAACAAUCUUGACAGAAACGGAGAUGACACCUAAAGUAACAUCAAUCCUAAAGAAAUAUGAGAAUAGUUGGAAGAUGAUGGAAGUUGCCAAUCCAAUUAGCUCUGGAGAAGGAUGCCAAAUCAUGAACAUAAAGAGGAAGAAACUGAAAGAAGCCAUCCUUCUUCGCGACAGAUGCCAGGAAUUGAAUGACAUAUGCCGUGAGAGCAACUGGAUUCUUCCAAGAUACAUGGUACUUCCUUCAGUUACCGGUGAUAUGUACCAGGCCAGUGUCCACCUUACGGGCCCAGAUUUCAACUUGAGUGUAGAUGGUGAUAUGAAGGUCACCCCUCAUGAGGCACGAGACUCGGCGGCGUCCAACAUGCUGUCCCAGCUUCAGCAGAAGGCAAGGGAAGACUAG